AUGGCGUCACCGAGCGAGGGCGAUCAGACGGUGCCUGAUGGAGAGAGUGAAAAGAGGCGACUAAGGUCAAAUCUAUUCAGUCCCACUAUCUCCGAUGUCCCUCCCCCAGCAGGGUCGGAUGCCGAGAGCAUCUAUAUGGAGCCCAUUCACCUGGCCUCAGCUAUAGCUGCCAAACAAAUCAUCAACGAGGCAUCCAGCGGGCCAUGGUACAGGACCGCCUGGAGGCCCCAAAACCCCGUGGACGAGGUGUGGAACAACAUAUUCAUCGCUGAGAAAUCCGUGGCUGUCAAUAAAGCUCGUCUGAAGCGCAUGGGUAUCACCCACAUCCUGAACGCUGCCACGGUACCGGGGUCUACACCGGGGAGGCCUUCUAGUGCUUGCUAUGAACACAGCUACAUGGGUAUCGAGGUAGAUGACUUUGCAGAGUCUGACAUCUCCCCUCACUUCAGAACCUGUGCUGAGUUCCUGGAUGAGGCCCUGUUGACACACAAGGGUGAGUCAGUGUUCUUUUGUGUGUUCUUAUUGGUGGAUCAAGGCCCAAWUCUAAAUGGACCCGCCUUAGACCCUACACCCUAUGCAUUUGUAGAACUACCAGGAUUUGAAAGUAAUAUGGUGAAAYUUCCACCUAGCCUAUCAGACAGCAAGGGAGAGCUAUUACCAGGAUAUUUAAUGGAUACGAUAUGAACGUCUUCUUGUGUGAUCUCAUGUUUUUCUCCCAUUUCCAUUGGCGUURAGUCUGGGCUGACCUGGACAUAGUAGAACCAAUCUCUGGAUUGUUUGCUUUGGUUUAACUGGACCCAGUGAUGAUGAGGCUUGAAAUUCCAUCUCUAGACCAAUCCAGAGACUGCU